AUGAUUGAUCAAUUACUUGAUGAGCUACAUGGAGCAAAGUUAUUUUCAAAACUGGAUUUGAGAUCAGGCUAUCACCAGAUUCAAAUGGAAGAAAGAGAUAUCGAGAAAACUGCUUUUUGGACUCAUGAUAGUCACUACGAGUUCUUAGUUAUGCCAUUUGGGCUAACUAACGCUCCGGCAACCUUUCAGGCGUUAAUGAAUGAAGUGUUAAAGGCGUUCUUAAGGAACUUUGUUCUGAUAUUUUUUGAUUAUAUUCUGAUAUACAGUUCCAAUAUCACAGAUCAUGCCAGACAUUUGGAGAUGGUUUUGGAGGUCUUUGUGGAACAGAAACUUUUUGCUAAUAAGAAGAAGUGCACUUUUGGUCAAGAGAGAGUGGAAUAUCUGGGUCACAUAAUUUCGCCUAAAGGAGUUUCUACAGACCCGCAGAAGAUCAAGGAAGUGGAGAAUUGGCCAACCCCAAGAACGUUUAAGGAGCUCAGAGGUUUUCUUGGUUUAACUGGAUACUAUCGAGGUUUUGUGCAACAUUAUGGGCUAUUGGCUAAACCCUUGACUGAGUUACUGAAGCAAGAACAGUUUGAAUGGUGUUCAGAAGCACAAGUGGCUUUUGAUGAACUCAAACAGGCUAUGACUUCCACACCUGUUCUGGCUUUACCUGAUUUUACACAAUUGUUCGUCGUUGAGUCUGAUGCCUCUGGUUAUGGUCUCGGUGCUGUGCUGAUGCAAGGACGACACCCAAUUGCUUACUUUAGUUGUGGGUUAACUGAUAAAGAGCAACUCAAACCCAUCUAUGAGCGCGAGUUAAUGGCCAUAGUCUUAGCUAUUAAAAAAUGGAGACACUAUCUACUUGGUCGAAGGUUUGUGGUUGGAAGCGAGAACAAGGUGGCGGAUGGUCUCUCCUGCAUUGUGCAUCCUACUACCACACUACUUAUGUCUUUGACGAUUCCAACAUCUCUUCAAAUACAUUAUUUGUUUCAGGAAGUGGAUGAGAGUGAAGAGAUACAAGAAAUAAUUCGAAAACUUGUUGCAAGAGAAACAGUUAAACCGGGUUAUGGGGUGGUAGAUGGAAGACUCUUUUACAAUAGGCGCCUAGUCCUUCCUGAGAAUUCAGCUUAUAUUCAGCUCAUUCUUCAAGAAUAUCAUGAUAGUUUAUUGGGUGGUCAUUCUGGUAUCCUGAAAACUCUAAAACGGAUUCACGCUCAUUUCUAUUGGCGAAAGAUGCGCAAGUGUGUACAGAGGUACAUCUCUGAGUGUCCUGUUUGUCAAACUCAUAUAUAUUCGACACUCUCUCCAGCUGGGUUGUUGCAACCAAUAGAGAUACCUGUACGAAUUUGGGAGGAUAUCUCUAUGGAUUUUAUUGAAGGGCUUCCUAAAUCUCAGGGCUUUGAUGUUAUUUUUGUGGUGGUGGAUAGAUUGAGCAAAUACAGUCAUUUCAUUGGUUUGAAACACCCUUUUACAGCCCUUGCUGUAGCUCAGAAGUUUGUUCAAGAGGUGUGGGCUAAGUAUCUCUCAUGGGCUGAGUUAUGGUAUAAUUCAUCUUUCCACACUUUUAUUCAGUGUACUCCAUUUAAGAUGGUAUAUGGUCGAGAACCACCAGCGUUGUUGUCAUAUGAACUUGGCUCUUCUCCUAAUUUUGAGUUGGAAACUAUGUUAAAGGAACGAGAUGCAAUGUUGGCUGAAGUAAAACAACAUUUGAUUAAGGCUCAGAGUAUUAUGAAGAAUAAUGCAGAUAAACAUCGCAAAGACUUAGAGUUUGAGGUAGCUUAUCACUUGCGUCUUCCACCAGAUUCUCGGAUCCAUCCUGUCUUUCAUGUCACACAGUUGAAGCCGGUACUUGGACAAGGACAGGUAGUUAAUCCUCUUCCACCUUCUGUUGCAACAGUUGAUGAGUUAGUUGUUGAACCGGAGGAGUUGUUAGAUACACGAUAUGAUUCAGAAGGACAUUUGGAGGUUUUGGUUCAAUGGACAGGCCUUCCUGCUCAUGAAAAUUCUUGGAUGCGAAUUCAAGAUCUUAAACAUCAGUUUCCAGAGUUUGCACUUGAGGACAAGCUUGUAGAAACGAAGAUUUGUGGAACAGGAUGGCGCUUCGUCGAUUCCACAGGAAGAGAAACAAAACGCGGCCACUCGGCUGAACCGCAUGUCUCGUCACUGGUGAUAGCGGAGGCUCUAGCGCUCCGAUCAGCCCUCAAUCAAGCACUUGAAGACGGAAUCCCCAAUCUUCUCGUCCUUUCAGACGCUCAGGAUCUAAUCCGAGCUAUUAACUCGCAAGAGCAAAUCAAGUCGAUCUUCGGAAUCCUCUUUGAUAUCCAUGCUCUCGCCUCCUUGUUCGAUUCGAUCUCCUUUAGUUUCAUUCCUAGAUCGGAAAAUGUUAUCGCCGAUUCUAUUGCAAAGCUUGCAAAGAGUCGUUUGAUUGACCUCUCUUCCCAACUGGGGCCCACUGCUGUAAUCGAAACUUAA